UCCUCAGCCAGGAGAGGGCUAGGUGUCAGGGUGAUCAUUUUUAUUUUGAUUUCCUGUCAGCUCGUGGCAGUGAGGUUGCUGGGGACCAUCUCCACACGUGUCUGAUGGGUGGGAUGGGAUGGCGCCAUGGGAGGGUGAUGGCUGAGGUGCUCUGGGACUUGGUACAUGCAGUUUGUGUUACCCCUCAGCCUGGGGGCAGCCCUCACGCCUGGUCAUCUGUGCAAUAAUGGGAGAGGAAGACAUAUGUUCACCUACUAGGAAGCUGCAUCCCAUAGCCAGCAAUAACCAAAUGCCACUUGUUACCAAUAUGCCUGGUUUAUUAGAGACACUUCAUUUUGUUGAAGUAAUACUGAGAAUACUAGUUAUUGUUUGCCUUCUUCAUCCAGAGACCCUGUGACACAAACCUCUAUUCCUGUCAGAUCCAGGAGGAAACUGCAGCACAAAGAGAUUAAAACCAAGACUGAGAAAACCGAGCAUCCUCAAGCUAGUGCCUGACACAAUGUUCUGCAUCUCAGAGUGUUGGCCACUGCAACUCUGCUAUCAGAGACCAGUUUGGAAGUGCUGGCAUAAGAGAGAAAUAAACAUAUUCUCCUUAUUCCCAGAGCCAGCAAGCCCAGCACAAAGCGGUCCUGGCUGUGUAAGGAGUUCUCUGUUGGCACAGUCAAUGGAAUUAUGCCAGUUCACAGCAGCUGAGGAUCUGACUCCUCUCCUGUUCCUUCUGUUACGUUUGUGCACGGACUCUGCAGAAACCUGCCAGCAAGAGGUAGAAACCAGUGUGGUUGCCAUGAAGAAAACCCAUCAACAAUGGUGCAACAGUGUAGUUCUCACAUGAUGGUCCUUGCUGUGAGGGGCACUUCUCCACUACUGUAACUGGAACCAAAGUGUCUUGAGUGGGUAGAAACAACUGCUUGGUAACAGUUCUCAGGCAGCUGGCAGGAUGAAUAACAGCUCGCCUUCUAUACAGGACUUGUAUCAGAGCACCACCACCACAGCCAAGCCAGACCCAGGGACAACACUGGAUGUGACUGUACCAGAAACAGCUACCGUAAGCCCUGAAACUACCAGUUUUAACAGCACCAAAAUCCCAGACGUGGCCAGCAGUGAACCUGGCAUGAGCACAAUGCUGCUGUCCUUUGGAAUCAUUACUGUGAUUGGGUUGGCUGUAGCUAUGGUUCUGUAUAUCAGAAAGAGGAAGAGGUUAGAGAAGCUGCGCCACCAGCUCAUGCCCAUGUACAACUUUGAUCCCACCGAGGAACAGGAUGAACUGGAGCAGGAGCUGCUGGAACAUGGGCGAGAUGCAGCAUCUUCCCAGGCAUCCCAGAGCAAGAUUCUGCUGACAAGUCAAGGAGCUCUCCAGAGACCCAGUCGCCUUGUGUUCACAGACGUUGCCAAUGCCAUCAAUGCAUGAACAAUACCUGCGCCUGCUCUGGGAUUGUGCUGAAACUGGGGAGGAUGGAGCAAACAACCAGUGACUUCUCGCAAGCAUGACACUGAGCCCAGCUGGUCAACUAGUUGGUUUGUGUUACAAAUGGGCACAAGCACUGGGAACUGUCGUUACUUUGGAAAGCAAACCUUUCGUGAUGGCAGUAGCAAUAUUUGGUGCGUCCAUUACUACUAAAAGGUCUUGGGCUGUCAUGCUCCAGUUUCUGGGCUGGCGCUGACUGACGCCAUCUACCCAGCUGUGUGCUUAGGAACAGUGCUCACUAUGUUGUAGGUUAGCUGGUUAGAGCACAUGGCUGCCCUCUCCGGGUCAGGGAAGGAGAGGUGCUUGUUUGAAAGAGCUUCCCCAUUGGUUUUGUGCGACCGGACCUCAAGAAGAGCCCUGAAUGAGAGCCUCUCUGUACGGUGACCACAGCCUUGGCAUACCCCAGAGGGGUGAAUGCUGGCAAAGCUGCUUUGAGCUGGGACAGCUGCCCCCUCAACCUGAGUGGUAACCUGAGGCAUGGGCUGUUACCCCCUCCCCAGGGAAAACAUACCUUGAGGCUUAUCCCCCUUGCGGCGUGUGGCAACAUACCUUGAGGCUUAUCCCCCUUGCGGCGUGUGGCCUGCUGAUAAAUGUGUGCCCAGGGCGAUGCUGCAGUAUGGGCAGUUCACUAGCUUUAAAAAGUGAAAUGGAAAGCAUUUGACUGAUUACAUCUUAACUGAGGAAGUGGCUGAAUAUCCCCAAUUAGGGCUGUGGCAGGGACUCAGGAAAACUCACACAGCUUCUAGAGGCAGGAGCUGUCAUGUCCAGCUACAUGAAUCCCUGCAGCUAAGCUAGGAUUGAUGGUGUUUGGGCCUGUGAUGCCAUGGAGAGAAGGCAAGUAGAACUGGGUCUCUGAUACCAUGUGUCCCCCCACUGCUUUGGCUCAGGGGGGGAAGUUUCUUCCAUGCAGACUAUCGUACAGAAAGAAGAUUAAGGCUUGAAAACUUUUCUUUUUUUAAAUGAGGAAAAAUGUGCAUUGGCUCAACGUUACAGCACGCCUGUGUCUGCCCAGAGGUGGCUCAAUAGCUUGUUCUUACUUCCUUACCUUCCUCCUAAAGAAAACCUACAGCUUUAUGUUAGCCUCCAUUCGUGCUACCUGCUGGUGGGUCAUGUUCAUAUCACCUCACGGUGGGUCUGGGCAGCUAAGAGAGCAGUUCCCCUGUAACCCUGGAGCACCCCUCUGCCUCUUUGUAUGUCCUUCAGGACUGCGGGA